UUUUUUCUGCCUUUGAUCCUGGGAACAAAUAGUCGAAGCUCUUUUUUUCCUGCGCUACAUCUGGUAGUAGAAUCAGCCAGCGGCCAUAUGUAAUCUACGUCCAUUCAUUCUGCCCUGGACACUCUGCGUAUCGCUUUGUUCUCACAGGACUCGGGUUUGGGGCCGCAGAGGAGAGAGGUGUCCCGCUGCGGUGGUCGUGUUUGGGCCGUUUUGUCGGUGUAUGCCUGAGUGACUGAUCUGGGUGGUGGUGGUGACAGAAGCGCAAUGAUCGAGCGACCAGAGACUGCAGUUCCGAGCAUCGCUCAACGUAACCUAGAGGGCUACGUGGGCUUCGCUAACCUCCCCAACCAGGUGUACCGGAAGUCUGUGAAGAGGGGGUUCGAGUUCACACUAAUGGUUGUAGGUGAAUCUGGUUUAGGGAAGUCCACGCUCAUAAACUCCUUGUUCCUAACGGAUCUCUACUCCAAGGAUUACCCCGGACCAUCACAGCGCAUUAAGAAGACUGUACAGGUAGAGCAGUCCAAAGUGCUGAUCAAAGAGGGCGGUGUUCAGCUGACCUUGACCAUAGUGGACACUCCAGGUUUUGGGGACGCUGUGGACAACAGUAACUGCUGGCAGCCAGUCAUAAACUACAUUGACAGUAAGUGUGAGGACUUCCUCAAUGCAGAAUCCAGGGUCAACCGCAGGUCAAUGCCUGACAACAGAGUCCACUGCUGCCUAUAUUUCAUCGCACCUUCUGGACAUGGGCUAAAGCCACUGGACAUUGAAUUCAUGAAGAGACUUCACGACAAAGUAAACGUCAUCCCGCUCAUCGCCAAAGCUGACACCCUGACCCCUGAAGAGUGCCAACUGUUCAAAAAACAGAUAAUGAAAGAGAUACAAGAACACAAAAUCAAGAUUUAUGAAUUUCCAGACACAGAAGAUGAUGAGGACAACAAGCUCAUCCGUAAAAUCAAGGAGAAGAUGCCGUUGGCAGUAGUCGGCAGUAAUGUGGUGAUUGAAGUGAAUGGGAAGAAGGUCAGAGGUCGCCAGUACCCGUGGGGCGUGGCUGAAGUGGAGAACGGGGAACACUGUGACUUCACUGUGCUGCGCAACAUGUUGAUCAGAACUCAUAUGCAAAAUUUGAAGGACGUCACCAACAAUGUCCAUUAUGAGAACUACCGCAGUAAGAAGCUUGCUGCAGUUACCUGUAAUGGAGUGGACAACAGCAAAGUCAAGGGACAGUUAACCAAAAGCCCUCUGGCUCAGAUGGAGGAAGAGCGUAGGGAACACGUGAUGAAGAUGAAGAAGAUGGAGGCUGAGAUGGAGCAGGUCUUUGAGAUGAAGGUCAAGGAGAAGAAGCAGAAACUGAAGGACUCUGAGGCCGAGCUGGAGCGACGCCAUGAGCAGAUGAAGAGGAACCUUGAGGCGCAGUACAAAGAGCUGGAGGAGAAGAGACGAGUGUUCGAGGAGGAGAAGACCAACUGGGAGGCACAGCAGAAGAUCCUGGAGCAGCAGAAAUUAGAUGCCUCCAAAACAAUGGAAAAGAACAAGAAGAAAGGCAAAAUCUUCUAAAUCCUGCUUUUUUUGUUUCAACAUACUAAUUUGUCCUCGACCUCCUCAAAGUUCACCUCUUCUGUGGCCGACUGAAAACGAUGCUGGCACUUGUCAUAACAUUCCUCCUGUCUUAUACUGGACGCCAUACACUCUGUUACUGUAAGACAUUGCUUUUGUGAGGAAUGCAUGUGUUUGUGAAAAAAACUGUUUUCUAUAUUUUAUGACAAAGAGGAUAUAGUCUCUGAAUUACAUUUGAACACACAGGGCAGUGACUGUUUUUGGCUGUUAUGUCACAUGUACAAUAAUACAGCUGAUACUAUCCUCAUUUUCUUUCAUCAAUCUCAUGUAAAAGGACCCCUGAGAAUGACUAGGUAAGUUGGUAAAGCAGAUUUGUAUGUUAACAUUGUGAUAAAAUUGACCAGUACUUUAGGCUGGGCUUGAUUUCACUUUCAACUGCACUUUUAAAUUUCUCUAAAAUGUAAAUGUAGAAAAUUCUUGAAUCCACAUCUUGGAAUGCCGUGGAAAAUGUUCAAACCAAAACAAUGAACAAAUGGUCUGAUCUGGAGCUCUGUGCGUUUAUUUGUGGAGAUGGUGGUUAGAGCCGGGUCUAUUUGCCUGUUUUUAAAGUUUACACUCAGGAAAAUACUACAGCAUAAAACAGUCGUUGCCCUGUGUGUGUGUGUGUGUGUGUGUUUCCUCUGAAUAGAUGCAAUUAUGCAAACCAGUGUGUUUAAAACAGCAGAGUUCAGUAACAGUGUUAAUAUUGUGAUGGAAGUCAUGGGUGUCGUCUUAGCCUGUACCUAAACCACUCCUGGACUUUCCAUCUCAUUUGGAGUCUUUUAUGCUAAAUUUUAACUCCCAGUUUUAAACUCCUUUAUACUGUAUUUGUUGUAAUGUUUUCUACCAAUAACCUUAUGAUCUAUUUUAUGUCACAAGUAACUCAAAAAAGGAGAUCCACUAAAACCACAAUGGGGGCAUAUUGUCGCUUUUAAAGUGCUGUGUGUGAGUUAAACCUAUAAACACGUGGCCAAACUGUUACGUUACACACUACAGUUAUGUUUUGUAGUUUGUUUUGCUAGACAUUUUUUAUGACCAAAAAGGGAUUCCAUAUUACUUCAGUCAAGACAGAGAGAGGUAAAAGAUGCAUUUAUGUGGUCAGAAAGCAGUGCAUCAACAUACCUUUUAUUAUAGCUUAUGCCAUAUGUUUUAUUUUCAUAUGUAAUAAUAAUGAUGAUGAUAUACAGUAUAUAUUUGGUUCCCUUGUAGUUUUCUAAAAAUGACCAUAUAUGAGUGUUAUUUUUGACAAGACUGUCACGGUGCAUUUUAAGCUAAAGGGAAAAAUCUACAGGCAUGGAUUUGUAUUUCCUUCACGGUUUCCUUCACUUCAUGGGAAUACAGCAGUCAGACCUUGCCGUAUGUGUACCAUGCCUGAUGCUUGAACUGAAAUAUGCCUGACUUGUACACUUAGUUUUGGGCUCAGUGGCCUUUCAUUUAAGAGUAUUUUAUUGUUAGAAUCCUUUACACCACAGAGAAAAGCAUAGUUUUAAAAUGGCAUUUUCACUGUUGCCGCUGGAUGCACAUUCUCAGGUCCAAUCCGUUAGAGCUUCCCUAAAAGCAGACAGAUACUGAACUAUGGUUUGUUAAAAUGCUUGUGAACCACUCCCCAUCAUAUAGAGUUUCAGCUAAUAACAUGUGUUUAGAUGCAUUUUUGUAAUAUUCUUUUUAUAUGUACACAGCGUUUCUUCUUUGUUUUAUGUUUAUCUGUUUUAAACUGUAUAUGUUUAAUAUUAAAGUUGACAAGGUUAUGCAUUAA